GACGACAGCAGAAAGGGGGUUGCGACGAGCACGCCGACUUUCGACUAGCACUUACCUAACGCCGUCGAACCGUCACACGUAAAGCAUGCAAUACACAUUUUACUGCGUACCUAGUUCCUUUUGAUUUUUACUAUUCUACAAAAUUCCCCAAUAAAUGAAAGCAUAUAUACAUCUCUCAGACCAAUAGCAUCGUAAGUGAACCAAGAUGGCCGCGAAAACUUUGUAAACGGAAACGUUUAUUUUGAUGACACGAAGAAAAUUAUGACAAUGACCGAGGAAACACAGCAAUCUGAGACUGCCGCACAAAAUGAGGCACAAACUAGUUCUCCAGAUGUCGGAAAAGUUAAAGAUAAUAAAAAAGAAAAGUGUCGGCCUAUGACAAAGGUAGUAAUACGGAGAUUACCACCAAGUAUGACUCAGGAACAGUUUUUAGAGCAAGUUUCUCCAUUGGCAGAACAUGACUAUCUUUGUUUUGUAAAAGCUGACAUGUCUAUGGGACAAUUUGCCUUUUCUCGUGCAUAUAUCAAUUUUAUGGAACAACAAGAUAUUCUUAUAUUCAGACAAAAAUUUGAUAAUUAUGUAUUUGUGGAUUCUAAAGGCACAGAAUAUCCAGCAGUAGUAGAAUUUGCACCCUUUCAAAGAUUACCGAAAAAAAGAGUAGGAAAGAAAAAGGACUUAAAGUGUGGUACUAUAGACUCAGAUCCUUAUUAUGUAAGCUUUUUAGAAAGCCUCAAAAAUCAGGAGGCUGAAUCCAAUGUAACACAACCAAAAACCGAGUAUUCAUACCAACCAUCAGAUAAUACGCCAAAAAAAAUUACAACUACACCUCUCUUAGAAUAUUUAAAACAACGUAAACAAGAGAAACAGCGUCUUAGGGAUGAGAAACGUGAGGAAAGACGAAGGAGAGACUUAGAAAGAAGACGGACAAAAGAUGAUCCCAUUAUAUCUAAGGUAUUGAAAAAUCCAGAUCUUGACAAAGAAAUGUGUAGGGAUAAUAAAGAAAACAAAGAGGAAAGAGACAAACUUUCGCCUAAAGAUAUGAAAAAUCGAAUUAAGAAGGAUGACAAAUUACGUGAAAAAAUAUCACGAGAUCGAGAUGCUAAACCUAUAACAAAAGGAUAUAGAGAUAGAGUUGAAGAUAGAAAUAAAGAUCAAAGAGACUUAAAACAUCAAAGACGUCACGAUGACAAAAAAGUUUAUGGAAGACGCGAUGAUAGGGAUAGCAUAAAAGAUGAUAGGAAAAGCGAUGGAAAAGACGAGAGAAAGUGCGAUUACAAAGAGGAUAUUAAGGACUGCAGGGAAAGGAAAGUUGAAGAAAAACGUGGUAAAAGUUAUGAAAAAAUGAGGCAAGAAAAGAAAAGACUUGCAGAAACGAAAAAACAAAAUGUAGAGUUUAAUAUUGAUACUGAAAACAGUACAAAAUUAAGAAAUGAAGAAGAGGAUUCUCAGAGAAAAGAAUUGCAGGUUGAUUCAUACGAGAUUAGGGAUAGGGAAGAAUCUAUGAGUGAUAAAGAUGAUAUUGAAAAUUGUGCAAAUACAGAAAAAGAGGAGAUCAACGAAAAAAAAGGACCAGGAGAAACUCUACAAAGUUUCGAACAAUCGAAAGACCAGAAGGAAAUAGAAAAUCAAUUAACGACUGAUGAAACUAAUAAGGGUACUGAAAAAUCUAAAUCCAGUGAACAUAUUAAUAAAGAAGAAAAUGAUAAUGAUUCUGAUGAAAAGAAAGAUUCGAAAGUUACAAAGAGACGCAGUUCACUUGAAAGUGGUGGUGAUGGAGGUACAGGAGAUGGAAAUUGCUUGAGACGACACAAGUCUUUAGAUGGAGGAGAUCAAAAUAAUUUACAAAAAACUGAAAUUGAAGAGAAAGAAAAGGACAAAAAAGAUCCACGAUUAGAACGUAGAAUUAGAAAUAAGGACCGUCCUGCAAUGGAGAUUUAUCGUCCAGGAAUGGGAAAGUUCAGUAAACAAAGAUUAGAACGAGAAAAAUCGACUAAUGAUGAAAGAGCAUCCCUUUCACAAAGUCCAACUCCAAACCCAAACUCCUCCAGUCUUUCUAAAUCGGGAAAGUCUGGAACAGAAGUACGUUCUAUGACAUUUAAACGUAGCGUUAGUCGUGAUUUGGUAUAACAGAUAUUAAAUUUUAUAAAUUUCAUUAAAUAUUAGCCAUAAGUCUGUGAAAACCUGUGUCAACAUAAACGAUUUUUACACUAGUCUUUCUCGCGACAUACAGUAUCAUACAGUGUAUUUAUUGUACACAAAUGCAUAAUAAAAUACAGUAUCCUACAUAUAGUAAAAAAUUCAUGCAGUCAUAAAUGAAAUAAACGUAUACACGCAUAAGUAUGGGAUCAAAAAGUGUUCACAUAUCUAAAUUACUUGAAAUAAUUUGACAUAAUGAUGUAUUACAUUCCUAUUCGAUUCUUUACUUUUCGAUGUAGUUAACAUUCAUUUUCGGUUCAUUCAAUAGGAAUUUUCAGGUGCAUCCUUUAUAAUAAAAUUAAUUUUAAUAAUCAUAUAAUGUCCAACUAGUCGUAACAAAAAUGUACAAAACAAAUUUGAAGAUUGGAUGAUAACAACUGACUGGUAUGAUUAUGAAUAAUUAGUAUAUGAAACUCAUGUAAUUAAUUCUGUCUACUAAUAUAAAAUUUAACUGUUUAAGUUCCUAUUAUGUAACAUAAUUCCGAGUACUUCUUUGUGAGAAAACCUACAGUGUCAUAAUUUAAAAUAAUAGCAAUACAUUAAAGUUACGUAUGUAUAUAUUGUGUGCAAUAUUAUAAUUAUGACA